AUGAACAACAUCUCUGAAAACAUAAAUCUGAGCACAGUGAGAACUGUAGUUCGUGAACUUUCUGAUAUUCGGGCUUCGGUUGCCAAAAUUGCAGAAACUGUUACCAGUCAGCAACAGUUUAUAAGAGAAGACAUAUCACACAGUUUUCAUGCAGUAAAUCAUCCAGAUGAUAGAGGAGUAAGACAUAUUCCUGCUACGAUGACUGAGGCCUGUGUUGGUUUUAUACCAACAAGAACCAACAAGACGCCAAGUGCAACUUCCAGGAUUAAUGCACUCAUAAAUUUUCUGUGGAAGAAGCAACAGGGAACGGAUGUUAACGUAUCCGCAGAAGAGCAGAAGCUUAUUAGAUUCCAGUUCCACAUUCAACAAAAGUUGUACUACUCCUUGAGACUCGAGGAGUUAAUCUUCUUGAACUAUCAGUUCGCUCUACACAAAUGCAGAGGUCGAUGGGCUGCUGCUCUUCUUCUUCAAGAAGCAAAGUUGAGUGGAGAAGUUCAAGAAGAAGAGUUGAGCCUUGGUGGGGCAGAAAGUAGUGUGGCAUCCUCACCACCAAGAAGAAACAUGCGGAGCCGUCGUGUUUAA